AUGUUAUUGGCAUAAUUCCUUGAGUUCUUGUUUUCAGUCUCAUUAUGCACAUUUAUAAAAAUCGGAAGAGAGGAAACUAAAAUGAGUGGCAGAAUCCUUAAGUUUGCAUAUCGAGUCGAAAAGAAUUUACUCUACAAUUACGAAUUCGGACCCAAUACUAAAGAUAUAAGGCUUUGCUUGAUUCCAUUCCUACUACCAACCAUCUGCAAGAAAAUACUUAAUAUUAAAUCUCCCUUAAGCUUUUACGAGUUAUUGCUUGCGUUUAUUGAUCUUUUAUCACUCAUUGACUGCAUUAAUACAACUGAAUCUUACCAAAGAUAUUGUCUUGUUUACACCAUUAGAGUCAUCAGAACCAUCAUGAUGUUGUUUGAAUUAGUUCAAGAAAUCACCAAAAUGACAAUCCUUCAUUAUGAAUAAAUAUUGCAAAAAAGACUAUUACAAAUGCAAUAAAAAAAAUAAAUCAUUCAAAGCAGCAAUAAUCAAUAACAAGAACCACUAUCAAUCUAAUAGUAAUAGAUUUUUGACGAUAAUUCUGAUUCAGAUGAACAAACUAAAAUACUCAAUACUCAAAAAUAACAAUAAACAACAAUAAAACGACUAAUAUUUCCAUAAAUGAGGAUCCCUUGCAUUCUUUUAAAUUUAAUAAUCAAUCAAUAACAACAUUACAUCUAAAUUAUAGAUCCAUGGAGCUUUGACAAAUCAUUCUCAUCAAUUAAUAUUAGAGAAUAACUUUUAAUAAUGAUUAAACUUAAUUAUUGCUGUUAAAUAUAUUAGACUUUGAAAAAGACUAAAUGCAAUUAAUAAGCCCUACAUAAAUACAGAGAGUUAAUAGCAGAAUAUUUAUCUUAAUUAAUUUCGAUGAAUUGA